UCACGCUAUCCAGGAUAAAAUUUGGACCAGUCUGAUUUGCCUGCACAUCGAAAAACAAAAGCUUCCAAUUUCAAAAUUUUAUCAAAACCAGUGUAAAAGUAAAGCAAUCAAAGAGUAAUAUUCUAUGACACAGAGACUUGGAUAUUUUAAUUUGAAUACAUCAGGAAAAUAUAACAUAUGUGCGACGACAGGAGGUGAACCUUUGCCUUUCGGGUAGCAAUUCGGUUUGCCCCUAAACGCCUCUCCCGGUUGCUCAUACACGUGUGUCCGUCAUGGCGGCUCCCCAGCAGACCUGCAGCUUCUUCGUGCAGAAGAAGAAGCGUUUCUGUAAGAUGGUCGUGGGGAAAGGGAAGCGUUUCUGCGGAGAACAUGCCACCAUGGAGGAGGAGGGGGGCAGCAGCAGGAGGAUCGUCUGUCCUCUGGACCCUAAACACACCGUUUUUCAAGACAAACUGGAGAAACACCUGAAGAAAUGCAACUCCAGAGAGAAACCCAAACCUGUUUAUUAUGUGGAGAACAUCAACGCAGGACCAGCUGAAGGAGAUCAUACCAUUCCACAGGUGAGUCUGUCUGAUCGGAGCAGGACGGAGUUGGAGUCUCUGUUGGACAAACUGAAGAAGGUCGUAGAAGGACUGCAGUGUGACGUGAAGGACGGCAUCCUGUCUCAUCCUGUCGUGCUGGAUGAACUUACCAACCCGAAGAACGGAGACUCCGCCCACAAACACCUGAGGCAGCAGUCUUCCAUCCUAGGUCACCUGGAGGAGCUGGGGCUGCUACGGAGGGGGCAGUGCUUCGUGGAGUUUGGCGCAGGCCGAGGGAAGCUGUCUCACUGGAUCCACGAGGCCUUAAAAACCAGAGAGGAACCAAAGAGCGGUGAGAAGCCCGAGGGCAGCAAGGAACCAAGGACCCAGGAGGAACUGAAGACAUGCAAGCAGCCAGAGACUCUCAAGGAGUUGGAGACUUGUGAAGAGGCUAAGACUCCCGAGAAGCCAGAGCCCAAUGAGGAGCUGCAAAUGUUGCUGGUGGAGCGCUCCAGCACUCGCUUCAAGGUGGAUGGGAAACACCAGGAUGCCGGAGUUCCAUUUGAGAGGCUGCAGGUGGACAUUCAGCACCUGGAUCUGAGCAAAGUUCCUCUGCUGCUACAGAGGAAGCUCCCUCUGGUCGGCGUUGGGAAGCACCUGUGUGGAGCAGCAACAGAUCUGGCUCUGCGCUGCAUGUUGGGAACACCUGGAGUCGGAGCAGAGACUGAGCCUCCUCCGAAACGCCUCAAACCAUCAGAAGAACCGAGGGUAGGCCCGGAGUCGGGUCUACCAGGCCUAGAAACUGGUGGGGGUCCUGAUGCUGUGCUGGGCCUGGCGGUGGCGCUGUGCUGUCAUCAUCGCUGUGAGUGGCGUCACUAUGUUGGCCAGCAGUUCUUCCUGCAGAGAGGACUCGGAGCGGCAGAGUUCUCUGCCUUCUGCCGGAUGUCCAGCUGGGCCACAUGUGGACUCAGACUAGCCAAUCAGGAGAGUCCGUCACAGGAGCCAGCCAAUCAAAGAGGGGACGAUGACGAGCACGAACCAGCUGAGGAGAGAGACACUGUUAGCGGGUUUCUGUCGGCGGCGGAGCGCGAGCGCAUCGGCCGUCUCUGUAAACUCCUGAUCGACGCCGGCAGAUGUCACUUCCUGCAAACCAGAGGGUUCACCAGCAAACUGACUCGAUAUGUGAGCAGUCAUGUGACCCUGGAGAACAUUUUACUGACUGCCGUGCCCCGCCCCUCCCCCUCUUCCUGAUUUUUAUUCACAUUUUGAAGAAAAGAUUUCAGUUUCUUUUAUUUCUGGUAAAAGCUGCAGCUGAAGUAGGAGCGGCACACUUGUCUUUCUACAAAAGUCUUUGUUUUAUUAAAGUGAAACUGUGGACAUUGGCAUGUUUCUAAAGUGUCUAUUAAAGCUUUUUCAGUUUCUUAUUUCUGCCGUUUUCGGCCUUUGAGCCUGGUUUUUCAUCCCAACGGCUCCAGCCGUCAGAGGAACCUGAAAGGCUGACGUCCUGGAAGCAGUUUUCCUGUCGUCCUACGCCUGCUGCUGCAGAACUUUCAAAAUAAAAGCACUUAAAAGCCACAUGAAGAAGUGAGGACAGAUGGGUUAUUUUACAGUGACGGGUCUUCGUUGGUCUCUGAAACAUGAAGAACAAAAACGGAAUUUAGACAAAUCUGUUGUGGUGGUAGUGGUGGCAGCGUUAUUCAGGCGGGGAAGAAGUCACUGCAUUAGUGAUGCAGUUACGGGUUUUUUUUCCUGUUAGAUGAAGAUUGGCAUGGCUGCAGGUGUCAGAAGAUCUGCAGUUGUUACAUCUACAGGUGUCAGAGAGCAGUGUUGUGCAUGAACGAGUUCAAAUGAAUGCACGCGUUCAUUGAACAUGUUCCUUUCUGUGAGAUCCUUUAAACUGAACGCAACAUAUUUGCAAAUAAAGAAC